UCACCUUCAGAAGGCCACUUCAAAGUGAGAGACAAAACCACGGGUGCCGUUUGUCUAAUAGCCGACAUGGGCCUACAGUUCAAGAUCCUCUACACAACAACUGACGACAGAGUCGACUACGCUGUCUUCAACCUACCGCAAACCGCCAACGCUACGGGGUCCUGUGGUACGGACAACUCCAGUUUAACGCUAACGUUUCACGGUGACACCUUUAGCGUGACGUUCGACUUCGUCAAAACAGGAAAAGGGGGCGGCGUCGGUCGCUUCCACGCGUCCGCCAUCAAGAUCUCCUACACCGAGCUGCCUGCCAUCUUCCCCGGCACUAAGAACCCAAACACCAGCAGACAAGUCUCCAACAACACGCUGAACGUCUUCUCUGCCGCCACCGACAAGUCUUACAUGUGUGAAUCAGACGUGAACGUCACCGUUGCCAAAGAUGUGUCCGUCGUUACAAGUCAAGUUCAGGUCCAACCGUUUGGGGUGAAGUCAGGACAGUUUUCUACGGCUCAGAUAUGUUCUCAGGACACGGGAAACAAGACAAGCCUCAACACAGCGGCCAUAGUGAUCGGUGUCAUUGCUGGCGUGGUGGUGCUUGGUGGGGUUUUUGCUUACGUGAUUCUGAGCGAAAGAAAGCGUCGAAGCUAUGCCAGCAUUAAUGAUUAAGGUACUGGUAUUGGUGCAUAUUGAUAUACAGUCAAAACUGCCCAAGACGACCACCAAGAGAACUGAUAAACCGUACAAUGGUUUACAGUAAAAACUGUCCAAGAAGACCAACCAGAGAACCGAUAAAAUCUGGUCUAUAUAGGCAGGUGGUCGUUAUAGACAGGACUGUAUCAAUGGGGAAGAUUAUCAAAGGGGCAAUUGUCUAUAUAAUUGUUGACUUGUGAACACCAGUAUAGCUGCCUGUAAGUCAGUAUAAUGUACUGUUGCAUUUGAAAGAAAGAAAUAUCCAAGGGGUCAGAUGGCCAGGUAGGCCUUGUGUAGAGGUAGUCACUUGUACAGGUUGGAUUUUAUUUGAUUUACAACUAGUUAAAACUAUUUCCGAAUAGUAUCAAUCUUUAUCACCACAAUACACAAAUCUGUACGACGACGUUCUCCUUUCAAUAGAAUUACAUGUAUAUGUCGACAAUAUCUAUAAAAGUAUAAGUAUA